CACAUACGUACUUGCACAAUUAGACACCGUCGGUGAACGCUGACGCAGUAAACCUUGUCCCGGAACGGCCUGGUCGCUUAGGCUUCACGCAAAGCGCUGAUUUUGUUACUAGAAAGCAUAUUAAAGAUGUCACCAACAUAUGCUGAGCAUCUGAGCGUCAUCAAGGGCUUCUGCGACAAGGCAGAUGGAAAGGACAAGCUUACCGCGCUCAUACAGUAUGCCUGCCUCUUCAUUUCCGCCGGCGAGCCCGGCAACAUCAAGAAGAUCCAAGCGUCUGUGACCGCCGCCCGGAAGGUCUUCCGUGUCAUGCGGCCACUGGAGCUCAUGACGCCGCUGCUGAUCACGCCGGGCUUCACCGGCAAGCAGCCCAUGUUGCUGGAGGCCGUCAACAAGGUCAAGGCGGUGCUCAUGGCCGUGUACUUCGGUGCCGAUCACGUGGUGUGGGCGCACCAGAUCGGCCUCAUCACAGACAAGAAGGUCGGCGAGAGGUACCAGAAGCUGUCGCUGUGGUCUUGGGCGCUGGGCAGCGUGUGCACGGUUGCCACGGAGAGCUACCAGAUUGCGGCCAAGAGCGUGGUGCGCAAGGAGGGCGAGAGCGAGGAGGACUACGCGCGGCGGGUGGAGGAGGUGAAGAAGCAGAUCAACCAGCACCUGUUUGUGCUCAUCCACGGACUGUUCCAGGCAGCUCUGGCGGCGGGCCUGCUGCAGCUGCUGCCGCUCAAGCCGCGCACGGUGGGCCUGCUGGGCGUGGUGGCGUCGGCCAUGAACUGCUACCUGCUGCUGCCCGCCUACCCCAAGCCCGUGGCCGCUGCCAAGGCCAAGUCGGCGUAGAAGGCGUCGUUAGGCGCCGUGCGGCGUUGUAAGGUGUGGCAAAAGGGCGUCGGCACGCUAGAGCGCUAGGGCUUGUAUGCGAGAGGAGGGAGGCAGGAUUGUGGAUGAUGUGGCGGAGGGGCCUGGGCUGGGCUGCGGCCAGCCAGCGUCGGCGCUGGCUGUAACACUCAGGUGGCGUCCUUGUUUCAUGUGUGUUUGCGUGUGGUUUUGCUGUGUGCGGGCUUGAGGUCUGGUGCUCGUGUUGUGUGGCGGGUCGCGGUUCCAGCCAUCGAUUCCUUGUCGCGAGUGACACACCGGCGGGCGACUGGGCGGCGUGGAUGCGCGGGCCUGAGGAGUGGCAGGAACAGCUGCAGCCGUUUGGCCCGCCUGGACGUCCCGGGACAUGUUGCGUGUAGCAGGCGAGGGACGCUCAAUGACAGAAGGCCACGAGCCCGGCUAGGAGGGUCUCAAUUGCCAACCACAUGCUGCUCUAUGGGGAUGAUGUUGGUUUGCGUCGGUGGCCGGGCGUCGAGGACGUGGUUUGUGGCGUGACAUGGUGUAUUGAGGCCCAUUGCGGUGUGCCGGCGAAUGGUAUGGUGCGCGCGCUCGUGCUAAUAUUUAGCUACGGGAUUGCUGCGAGGACGCGCUGGGUUUGCCGUGUUUCUUGUAGCGCACGUUUGUUUUGUGAACACGAGUUUUCCCUACAGCUCUCAUGCGAUACCGCAAUGCGUUCCAUCUUGCCAUAACAUAAUUGUGCACGGGCAAAAUCUUGCCGAUACAAAUUGCAAGCUUCUUGCCUCGGCCGGCGACACUUCAAUCGUGUAAUCGCCCUGACAC